AUGCGCACAUCAAGUCUCAUUGCCGGUCUGACGGCUGUGCUCAGCUUGCCACUGAUUUCUGCCUACGUUCCGCCAAAGUCGCACCGGAGUCCGCUCCGUCGCGUCGCUCCUGGUCAUGCUGAGGUGCAAGCUCCGCCACGGGCGAUUAUGCGUCGCAGCAGCACCUUGCAGUACUUCAACAACAAGACGAGUGCUUUUUACGUUGAUGGAACGGGAAUCCCGGACGUUGACUUCGAUGUCGGCGAGAGUUACGCCGGUCUCAUUCCCGUCGAUGCUUCGAAGCCCGAGAGUGAGCAGCAGAAGAACUUCUUUUGGUUCUUCCCCACCGAGAACCCUGCUGGCAAGGACGAUGUCAUUAUCUGGUUCAAUGGUGGCCCGGGAUGCUCCUCCAUGGAAGGAUUCAGCAGCGGUAAUGUCACUGCCACAGACAACGCCGAGACGGCAGACCAGUUUGUCAGUUUCUGGAAGAACUUUGUCAAGACUUUUGACCUGCAGGGCAAGAAGAUCUAUAUUGCCGGCGAAAGUUACGCCGGAAUCUAUGUGCCCUAUGUCGGCGCCGCCAUGCUUGACAAGAAUGACACCACGUACUUCGACGUCAAGGGCGCGGUCUACUACGACCCAGUCAUGCCUUAUGAUGACGCGAUGAACUUCGAUCACGCCGCUUUCCCGUCAUUCUACCGCUACUGGAAGAAUGUGUUUGCGCUUCCCAGCGGUGCCGACAAGCAGAUCGAGCAAGACGCCAAGAACUGUCAAUUGGACGCGUACUUCAACAAGCACUUGGCCUACCCCCCGCCUGCGCGUCCUUGGCCAGUGGCGAACGUGAAGGAGGAGUGCGAUAUCAUUGCGCACUUUGACGCGAUCUCAACAAUCAUCAACCCUUGUUUCAACGGAUACCACAUCCUCGAUACGUGCCCCGUUCUCUGGGACGUUUUGGGCUUCCCAUCCAUCAUGUACAGCCCUCCCAACACCACCUUGUACUUCAACAGACCCGAAGUUAGAAAGGCGAUCCACGUUCCCGUGGACUACCCUACGUGGAGCGAGUGCCAGGACCCCGUCUUCGUCGACUACAAUGACAACUACAACGGCACCGAGCACGAGGAGAAGUUCCAAACGCUUGUGGAGCGCACCAACAACGUCCACGUUGGCUCUGGCCUGGCAGACUACGUGAUCAAACCCAAUGUCACUACUCUGGCUAUUCAGUACGUCAAGUGGAACGGCUUGCAGGGCUUCCAGAAGCAGCCUUCAGAGGAUCUCCUCAUUCCUACAGUCAACAAUGUCGACGAGAACGUUCCUAGCUGGGCUGGUGCUAAUGUCCAAGGUUCCGUUCACACGGAACGCGGCUUCACCCACUCCACUGCCAAGAUUAGUGGCCACAUGGUGCCGCAGUAUGCCCCCAGCGUCGCGUUCAGACACAGUGAGUUCAUGCUUCGCCGCGUGGACUCGUUGUCUGCCGGUGCACCAUGGUCUGUCAACAUUUCAACCACUUUCCAGUGGCCCUACUAG